ACAUUUGAUGCUCCCGACAGCGCGCGAAAUUUCCACCAAUUACACCAUGCAAUUGCUAGUGACCGUUUGUUACCAUAGCAACAGAGCAAUGCACGCGGCGUCUGAAAUUCGAUUCCGGAUCAUUCCAGAUCAUUCGCCGCGCUCGUAGCUCAUCGUGGUGACUGUGGCGUCCGCCUGUGGUUUUUUGGUGAUUAUCUUGUGAUUUCGUAUUCUUUCUACUGAAAUAUGCGUGAAUGCAUUUCCAUCCACGUGGGACAGGCCGGUGUGCAGAUCGGCAACGCCUGUUGGGAGCUGUACUGCCUGGAGCAUGGCAUCCAGCCGGACGGGCAGAUGCCCUCGGAUAAAACAGUCGGCGGAGGAGAUGACAGCUUCAACACUUUCUUCAGCGAGACUGGCGCUGGAAAACACGUUCCACGCGCGGUGUUUGUCGACCUCGAGCCAACUGUAGUAGAUGAGGUUCGGACAGGCACGUACCGCCAGCUGUUCCACCCGGAGCAGCUCAUCACCGGAAAGGAGGAUGCUGCCAACAACUACGCGCGCGGCCACUACACCAUCGGCAAGGAGCUGGUGGACCUCGUGUUGGACCGCAUCAGGAAGCUUGCCGACCAGUGCACAGGUCUGCAGGGUUUCCUGAUCUUCCACUCUUUCGGCGGCGGCACCGGCUCCGGCUUCACCUCGCUGCUGAUGGAGCGUCUCAGCGUCGACUACGGCAAGAAGUCGAAGCUGGAGUUCGCCAUCUACCCGGCUCCGCAGGUGGCCACAGCCGUGGUGGAGCCGUACAACUCCAUCCUGACCACCCACACCACCCUGGAGCACUCCGACUGCGCCUUCAUGGUCGACAACGAGGCCAUCUACGACAUCUGCCGCCGCAACCUGGACAUCGAGCGCCCGACGUACACCAACCUGAACCGCCUGAUCGGCCAGAUCGUCUCCUCCAUCACGGCCUCGCUGCGCUUCGACGGCGCCCUGAACGUGGACCUGACCGAGUUCCAGACCAACCUGGUGCCGUACCCACGCAUUCACUUCCCGCUGGCCACCUACGCUCCGGUCAUCUCGGCUGAGAAGGCCUACCACGAGCAGCUCUCGGUCGCUGAGAUCACCAACGCCUGCUUCGAGCCGGCCAACCAGAUGGUCAAGUGCGACCCGCGUCACGGCAAGUACAUGGCCUGCUGCAUGCUGUACCGUGGCGACGUCGUCCCUAAGGAUGUGAACGCCGCCAUCGCCACCAUCAAAACCAAGCGAACCAUCCAGUUUGUCGACUGGUGUCCGACUGGCUUCAAGGUGGGCAUCAACUACCAGCCGCCGACCGUGGUGCCCGGCGGCGACCUGGCCAAGGUGCAGCGCGCUGUCUGCAUGCUGUCCAACACCACCGCCAUCGCUGAGGCCUGGGCGCGCCUGGACCACAAGUUCGAUCUGAUGUACGCCAAGCGCGCCUUCGUGCACUGGUACGUCGGCGAGGGCAUGGAGGAGGGCGAGUUCUCAGAGGCCCGCGAGGACCUGGCCGCGCUGGAGAAGGAUUACGAGGAGGUGGGUAUCGACUCGGUGGAAGGAGAGGGUGAGGAGAACGAGGAGUACUAGGCGCUGGCGCAGGCCGCGCUGACAGUCCGGUGUUGGUCCCGUUUGUGAGCUGUGAUGAUACGGUUGGCCGGCGCGUGGCCGCCCUGUGAGCGGCUGGCAAACAGCACCCGGUGGUUGUACCCGUAGCUCGUGUGAUCGCGGAGGAGUGUCCGUUUCGGUUGGCGGAAAAUAAACGUUUCUGGUUGUUCA